AUGGGGCGACGUGCAUAUUUGAAUCGCCUGGCUCUGGGCCGUUCCCCAUAUGAAGCUCCAGAGACCCCCUCCGGCUCUUCAACUGAUGGGCCAACCUCAACUACAAGAAGAAUCUCACCUCUCCAUGCGGACGAAUAUGUCCAGCAUUACGAUGAAAGAGGUCACCCGGUCAACCCGGAGUCCAAGUCCUUUGGCAAGGAACUCCGAAGGGCCAAGAAUGACAUUCUUUCUACCAUGGGUAUUGUUGUCAGCGAAGACGCAAAUCGGGGCCGUAACGAACAGCAAAAGAUCGACGCGAUCGUGGCCGAGAAUGACUACGGGUUGAUCAUGGUGACGCUCGACCAAAUCUCCGUUUUCUUAGGCUCCUGGUGGACUACUUCGCUUACAGGUCGGAUACAGAGCUUCAGAAGCUAUACCCAUGUCCCCAUCACGAGAAUCAUGAGCCACGAGCGUGCUUCCCUUGGAGCAUUUGGUUUCUACUUUGCUGGAGUUCCAGCUUGGGCGAUUUCGACAUGUUUAUCUAUUUGUCGGCAUCACCCUCUCGAGCGACUGGUUUCCACCGUACAAAACUACUUCCCGAACAAUGACGCGGGCUCCAAGCUUGUGAGAGCAUCUUUCACAGUGCUACACACUGCGUAA